AUGGGAGCAACUCCAAGGCAAGGGGGGCUGGGGGCAGCCCCAGAAAGGGGCUCGUUUUGUGGCAGUGUCCUUCAGCUUUCGCAGGAUCAAGGGUGGCAGGCACGGCGGAGAAACAACAGUAAACGCGAAAGGGAAUUUGGCUCUGCCUGUCAGCUUCUUCUACCAAAGGAGAUUCGUCACCAAAAUAAGGUCACGGUGGCCAGUCAAGUUCAUGGCCCCUCAUGUAUCUUUAUGAACUCCCAGGAAAGCCUAAGGGAUUUGUUGAAUUGUUUGUAUUCAAAGGAAUCAGGUGAUAAUUCUUUUCAAUAA